CAGCUGUCAACAUUAAAAUCAUCACAGCAGCAGAAGAGCGACCUAAAGCGAUGUACGUAAUGAGAUGCAUCACAGGUGAUCACCAAGUGAAACCGUUGUACAUGUUCCAUGAAGCACAAGCCAAAUUCGAGGUUGGCAACUACUACAAACUCGUAGGCUAUACUUCAUUUGAGCUAGCAAACCACGAAAGUGCCAUCAAAGUCAAUGCAAAGACCCGAAUUUUCCACUGUCAACCAUUCUUCAUCCCGGCUGAAAUUGAAGAACAAUUCUUCCACGCUGACCCUGUGAGCGUCGAGGAAGCACUCCAGCUACCACCAUACCGACGCGCAUCCAUCAAAGGCAUAUUGACCUAUGUCUCACCGGUCAAGGAGGCCACAGGUUGGAAACGGAAGACACUCCACCUCUCACAAACAUCAUGCCCGAACAAAGUCGUUGUGAACCUUUGGAAUCACAUGUCAUCAACUCCGGUCCCACCCAUGAGAUCUAUGGUAGAAGUCACCAACGUUGAGACAUCCUUGUAUCAAGGCCAGAUCUCAUUCAACACUACACCUGAAACAAAUAUCAAGGAGCAACUUGCAACUGACACAAAAGACAUCAACAUCACUGCAUACUGUGAAGAAAGAUUCAACGUAACUCUUCUCUCUGACACUGACGAAGAGUUCUAUGUGCCUGAGCAAAUGCUCCUCGACUUCGCAAACAUCAAAUCCUUGCACAACUUCCAGCUGCCAAUGUGUGCUCAAAUGACAUACAACAUGACAACCAAAGUUGUGCAGAGUAUCAAACACAUCACCGAUGACUCUGAAGCCUCCACAUCAAAGACUACCUUGGCAGUAGAUUAAAGGCUGAACCAUCCUGAGGAAUCUCAGCCAUCCUGAGGAGUCAACUUCAAAUCAAAACUGAUCACUGCAAAUAGUUUAAAAAAUCAGAACAAAAUUCACCAUCUAUUGAAUCAUAAAACUAAAGUCUUGAGUCAUUUGAUUAUUAAAAAAUGUCCACAUUAAUGUUUUAAUCAAACCAAUAUUUUCUAAAUAAUUAUUGCUUUUAAUUACGUACUCCAUGGGUGACUCAAAAAAGCAAUACCCAAAUGUCGUGACUAAUCUUUAAGUUAGGUUCUGCAUGUAGCACUUUCAAAAUCUAGCAUAUGCAAGCCCAAUGCAUAACCUUUCAUUUAGUACAACAAU